AUGAAAUUUGACGAUUUUUUACAUACAGUUAAUGAUUUUGGUCGAUAUCAAAAGUUAAGAUAUUUUUGUAUAUGUUUGACGUACAUGUUACCACCUGUCAUGGUUUAUACAUGGUCAUUUGCAGCUGCAACACCAUUAUUUCGGUGUAAACUUUAUGAGAAUGAUACUGUCUAUGAUAAUCAUGUUCCACUUUUCUAUAAUCGAAGUCAACCUGAUGAAUCAUACUGUAAAGUAAAUAUGAAAAUAUCUAUUAAAGAAUGUCAUCGAUGUUAUAUGAAAACAAUAUCAACAAAUGUUUAUACAAUAAGUCGUUUUAUAUUGGCUUGUUCAACAAGAGGUAUUGGUGUUACUGGAUUCGUAUUAGCAACAGAAUUAGUUGGUCCAAAAAGUAAAUUUUUAACAGCAAUUAUUGUCCAAUACUUUUUUGCUUUUGGUCAAUUAUUUUUGAAUACAACGGAUAAACCAUUAGAAGUCGGUGUUUUAGCAUUGUUUCAAUCAAAAAUUAUGUGUAUCAUAUCAAUUAAUUUAUUUUUUCAAUGGUUUGUACAAAAUUUAGUUUUCUAUGGAAUUUCACAAAUAUCAUUUACAAUAUCAGCAUGUGUAGAAAUAUUAUCGUACAUAGUAUUACAUCUUCUACUUAAUCGUAUUGGACGAAAACGACCAUAUUUUAUUGCUGUUUUUUGUUUUGCAAUUAUUGCAUUAUUAACGAUUUCAGCUUAA